AGGGCCUCUGUGGUCCAGGGCCCCUGCUCGGGGCGGCCCUGCUGCUUCAGGAGGAGGAGGAGUGUGUGUUUGUCGGCAGACAGUCAGGACUCAGGACCGGAGUCCCAGCGGCAGUUUAGGAGAGUCUGAGCGGGGAAAACUGCGUCGAAUACGGGAGAAGUCAGAAGGGGGAAUCCGCAAUGAGUUGGGGAACGGAGCUCUGGGACCAGUUUGAUAAUCUGGACAAACACACUCAGUGGGGGAUCGACUUUCUGGAGCGCUACGCAAAGUUUGUCAAGGAGAGGCUGGACAUAGAGCAAAACUACGCCAAGCAGCUACGGAACUUGGUGAAGAAAUACAGUCCAAAACGCCCUAAAGAUGAGGAGCCAAGGUUCACAUCAUGUCUGUCCUUCUACUCUAUACUGAAUGAACUCAAUGACUAUGCUGGUCAGAGGGAGGUGGUGGCAGAGGAGAUGGCUCAUAGGGUUUAUGGAGAGCUGAUGAGGUACAGCCAAGACCUUAAAGCUGAGAGGAAACAUCAUCUACAGGAGGGCAGGAAGGCUCAGCAGCAUUUGGAUCAUUGCUGGAAACAGAUGGACAAUAGCAAGAGGAAGUUUGAGAGAGAAUGUAGAGAGGCAGAGAAAUCCCAGUUGACCUAUGAACGGUUAGAUAACGACAUCAAUGCCACCAAAUCAGAGGUGGAAAAGGCCAAAUCCCAGUACUACAUGCGCACUCACAUGGCUGAUGAGAGUAAGAACGAGUAUGCAGCUCAGCUACAGAACUUCAACGGAGAGCAGUGGAAACAUUUCAACAACGCCAUACCACACAUCUUCAAGAACCUGCAGGGCAUGGAUGAGCGUCGGACGGUGAAGCUCGGAGAGACAUAUCGAAGCUUCGCUGAGGCAGAGCGGAGAGUCAUUCCCAUUGUCUCCAAAUGUCUAGAAGGAAUGGUUUCUGCCGCCAAAGCUGUAGAUGAGCGAAGGGAUUCAGCCAUAGUCGUGGAGUCUUUUAAGUCAGGCUUUGACCCUCCGGGCGAUUUCCCCUUCGAGGACUUCAGCCAGAAUUUAAGCAGAACAGGUUCAGACGGGACCAUCAGCAACACACCCAAAGGAGACAGAGACAGAGAUGGAGCCCCGGGGUCACGACCAGACCCGAAACACGCUACGAGCAAAACCAAGAACAAGUUGUGGUUGUUUGGGAAGAAACCAAAGGCGCCUUCUCUGGAGGAUUUCAGCCACUUACCUCCAGAGCAAAGGAGGAAACGGCUGCAGCAGAGGAUUGAUGAACUCGGCAAAGAGCUCCAGAAAGAGAUGGAUCAGAGAGAUGCCCUGAACAAGAUGAAGGAUGUGUACGAGAAGAAUCCUCAGAUGGGAGACCCCAACAGCCUGCAGCCUAAAAUAUCCGAGACCAUUUGUAACAUGGAGAAACUACGUUCUGAAAUCCACAAAAAUGAGACUUGGUUAUCUGAGGUGGAGGGAAAGCAGGGCUCCAGAGGAGACAGAAGACACAGCGCCGACAACCACCAUCACACUCCUCAAGGCAGAGAGAGUCCUGAGGGCAGUUACACAGACGACACUAGUCAGGAGCAUCACACGCCUCACCACCGCUCCACUCCUGCAAAGCCCGGACCACCCAACCCCGACCCUCACGAGUUUGACGAUGAAUUUGACGAUGACGACCCGCUGCCUGUCAUCGGACACUGCAAAGCGCUGUACUCGUUUGACGGUCAGAACGAAGGGACACUGGUGAUGGCGGAAGACGAGGUGCUGUACAUCAUCGAGGAGGAUAAAGGCGACGGCUGGACGCGAGCGAGAAAGCAGAGCGGGGAGGAGGGCUACGUUCCCACCUCCUACGUAGAAAUCACCCUGGAGAAGAACAGCAAAGGUUCCUGAGGGCUGCAGAGUGGCCGGGCGAUUUGAUUGGCUGGUGGAGGGCUCACGCUGAUUGCUGAUUAUUUGGUGGUGGGGGUGACCAAGAAAGAGAGAGAGAGCGGGGGGAAAGGUAGAGAAGGAAAGAGAUGAAGCGAGCUGUGAGGGAGGUUUGCAUGUCUGCAUGCUCACACAUCCAUAAGCAGCAAAGCAUUCUGGGCUACGAGAGGAAAGAAAGGAGAGGUGACAGGAGAAGAUGAUCACCAAGCUUUAAGCAGACAUUAAUGUCCUGAACCCUCUGAACCCCAAGCAGGUCCUGGGUGUUUUUACAUGACCUUUUACUACUUCUAUUUUUUUUUUUUAAAUUAGUUUCGGUACUUGUCUCUUCACUGCUCUGUUAAAACACAGCCUGCAGUUCAGCUGAAUGGUCAUUUUAUUUUUGUCAUGGGACUCUGUCACAGCUGACAUGCAGAGUUUUUGUUUUUUUACAGAAUCGGGUGCCAGCUGUUUGUUUUCUGAGAUUUUUUUUUAAAUGAUGCGUAGAAGAAAAAGGUAAAAUAUCACAAAUUUAAAUUUUCCUGACAAAAAUGCAUCAUACAUGAUUGCUUCAAGGCUUGCUGAAAAGUUAAAAGUCCAACCUGCUACUUUUUUGUUUUAUUUUAUUUUUUUACGAUAACCUUCCUUUCAAACCUCCCAGCAGGUUUUGGGCUUCAGAGGGUUAAUAUUCUCGAGUAGGAUCCUGAUUUGUAUUCAGAGAAGUCCAACCCUGAACUGUGGGACAGUUUGUGCUAAAAGUCAGCAGCAGAAGAAGAAAAGACCUUUCAGUUCGGAGAGUGACAACUGCAGCAGCUUCAGCUCAACAACAUAACUUAGUUUUAGGUACAGAAGCUAAAACACAGUCAAAGGAACAGUCCUGCUGUAACAACAACCUGGAUUAAGGUUGAUCUUUUCAAUUUUUGUUGAAACUGCUAGAGAAGAGUUGAUGUCAUUUAUGGUUUAUCUCAGACAGUUCAACAACAAACACCACAAACUACAUGCUUCAAAAUAUUCCUGAACAGUUUCAGUAAAAACUCAACAUGCAGGUGGGGUUUAUUGCAUUGUGUUAAGCUACGUUAACAUUACAUGCUUUAAUGUUCAAUUUUCUGCUUUUCCUGUAUUGGUGGUUCUUGUUUGCACCAUGUAAAAACACUGCUGACGUCCUAAACUGUUAUUAAUGCGCACGUUUCACCUGACAGCUGCUAGGGUGCACGUCCAGGAUUACUUCACAAGAAGUUCCCUUCAGUUUGGCUUCUCCAGAAAUGUGCAACACAUUUUAAACUUCCUCAUCUUUUUUGUUGCAGAUUGAGGAUGAAGGUUUAAACACCUUAAACUAACAGCCAGCAGGGGGCGACUCCUCUCUGGUUGCAGAAAGACAAGAUUGUAUAGAAGUCCAUUAACCCUCGUGUCGUCCUGUGGGUCAACACCGACCCGGUUUAAAGUUUGAAAAUGAUGAAAAAAAUCAAUGUUUUCCUAGUGAAACUUCUGAUGUCCACAUUUUUGGGAAAUCUUUGAACAUUUUUUGGUGGGGAAAAAAAGAAAUGUUAAAAAUGUUUCUUUAAGGACACUCACAGAAAAAUCAACCAAAAUCUAGCAAAUUUCACUGAAUUUUGGUUGAUUUUUUUUUCUGAAUGUUCUUCAAGAAAAUAUUAGAAAUUUUACUGAUAUUUAUGUAAUCACUUUAGAUAUUUUUAGGAUUUUUUUUUGGAAGAUUUUUACUCAUUUAAAAAUAUUUACAUGACUGUUCUUGAAAAUUUGGGUGAUUUUUUUUUUUUAAGUAAAACUUUUAAGGAAUUAUUGGAAUUUUCUUCUGGAAGGUUUUGGAAAUUUUCACAAAUUUGGGGAAUUUUUUUUUUGCUGAACUUUUGGGGUUUUUUUUCAGACAAGGAAACAUUAUUUUUUGGUGCCCGUAAAUGAGGAUAACAGGAGGGUUAAAGUACUUGAUUUAUUACAUCAGUUAACAUAAUAAGUUUAUGAUCUCAAUCACUACUGCCACGACUUCUGAAUAGAGCACGAUGUUCACUUAGUAAACUAUAGUUACAUUUAAAGUCAGGUGUGUCUGUCUAGUGGUUGAGAAGCUGCUACUGUAUGAAUCGCAGUAGUCAAUAGUCAGUGUCUGACAUCACGUCCAGCUUCCGUUACAGUCGAUGCCACUUCAUCAUGAAAUGUGAACGUAGCUUUACUUUAUCUAGCUGUACCUAAUAACUCAGCUUCGUUUAUAGCCAGCAGGUUUUAUCAGAAUCACACACUUGUGUCCAGCUUCAAGCAGCAAAAGUCAAACAUGAGCAGCAGCAGAACAAAGGUAGAUCCUGUGUUCAUUCAGAAACACAAUCUUCUUCUCUCUGCUGCUGGCCUGGAAGAUAUGCAAUACAAAGAAGCUGCAACUUGCCACUUUCCUGACUUUAAGGCCUUCUGUGAUAGCUCCACAUCGUUGACAGGCUUGUUCAGGGCAAGUUCCAUCACAUCAGGGCAGAAAAACCACACCGUAUUCUAAACCUGCUGCAGCAUACAUGUCGUCAGAGGUUGUAGCAACAGGCUUUUCCCUCUGAUGAGGUGUGAAUUUAUUAUUUUAUGACUGAAAGCUCUAAUAACUACAAGUAAGGAUAUCCAUUUACAUCUUGGAGCUGUCUUUUAGUGACAUAAUCUCAACUCAUGAAUGCAUAUUUUUCACUAUGUCUGCAUCAGUUAUUUAAACAUCACAACACCUAAUUUAUUUAAACACAGAUUCUUCCCCUCAGACUUCUGCUUCAGCUCCACAUGAGAGAAAACCAGCAGACUUUAAACUGAGCAUCAGGGUUAAUCAUGUCUCAGGGUCAGGUCCUCUCAGUGUUUGCUGCCACUAACAUUAUCCACUCACUCCUGUCCUUCUCUGUGCUCUGUUGGUGAUGUCUGCCUGCCUGCGCCACUCUGCUCCUCAUGCCUGCCUCCAUCCUCACACAGUCGCAUGUUCUUAACUUGUCAUAAACGUCUCCCAAACAUGAUCGGGUCUGUCAUCCGUGACUUCACAAGUGUGUGCGCAACUCCGGCUGUGUUGUGUUGAAUGUCGUGUCGUUCUAAUGAAGUUCCAGCAUGGGUGUGAUUUAUUCAUGUUCGUCUCUCAGAGCUGCUCAGAUAGCAGGACUAUCAGGUGAAUACAGGACCCCUCCUCCUCCUCCUCCUCUCUUUCUUUCCUUUUCUUCCUGGGUUGUGAUCCCAGCAGUCGACCAGCAGAUGGCGUCCUUCCCUCACCCGACCACAGCUCAGCUCCAUCCGGACUGGACCACUUUUAAAAACGCCAAACUACAAAGAGGAAGCUUUGUUCUCGUUGCAGUUAAGACUCUGCCUUAAAACUCCACGUCGUUUUCCUGUGGAGGGUUUUUAUUUCCACUCAUAUCUUGGUGUGUGUGCUCUUCCACCUGACUACAUCUCCCAUCAGCCACCUGAGCUCACCCCCUGCCUCCAUUGGGGGACUCUCAGCUGCGUCUCCAUGAAAAGUUUUUCUGUGUUAUCAGUUAUAUUUGUGAAUGUGACGACACGCACGCACGUAUCUGCAUCAUGUGCACACAGGUAUAGAAACCCAGACGUGCCAAAACUUCACAUAUCAGUUUGGCAUGUUUGAUUUUCCGUAACCAUAUAAAUGUGUGCACGCGCUUGCUUGCUACAUGCGUGGCGUUAGUAGUUUUUACCAUUGAAUGAUUUGUACAUAUUAACAUCCGUUGUGUCAUGCUGAAUGUGUUUCCAUGGUGAUUGUUUUUAGGUUUGUUUGAUUGACCCUCGUCAUGAGAGACAAGAAGAUUUGAAUUGAACCGAUGCACUUUGCCCUGAUUUGAAUCUGAUUAAAUGAAAGAGUGAAUGGAUGAACGAGUGAAUUAAGGUUUGUGGUGUCUGCUGAGACAUCUGAACUUUCCAAAUGACCACUGUGUCGUAGCGAGAAACUCAACCAGUCAUUUCGCUUCUUGAUGCUUUUCUACUCUUUUCUAAGGUCUUGAUGAGCGACUUUUUUUUGCAUGAUUUUCUAGAUUCUUUGGAUUCAUUCAUCUCUGGUGAUUGUUUUUGAACCGCUCACUGUAGCUGUUUUUGUAGACUAACAAACAAAAUCACACAGCUAGACUAUUUAAUAAUAAUAAUUUUAAAAAGCCACUAACAAGUUCUCAUAUCAAACUAAUCUAACAGCAGGUGGCCACGCUUUAGUUGUAAUCGGUGUUUCUUCGAUGAAGCUGUGAAAUGUGCAGAAUGAUGCUGUAAAUGUUGUUACUUGAACUUUUCUCCUCCUCGUGUUACAGCUUCCAUCUGUGACUAUUUUAGCGGUCGGCAAGAGUUAAAGAAGAACUAGGUGUUUUAGAUUAAAUCUGUUUCCAGUCUUCAUGAUGAGUUCAACAAAAUGACUUCUUCUUAGUGUAUAGACAUAAUAAUGCUAUCAGCAAAUAUUUCCCAGGACAUCCUGAAGCUGUUCUUAUGAGAUUCCCUCUUUGCUGAGUUAUUAGGCUUCAUUUGCUUGGGGAUGCAAAAUGGCACAAAUGAAAGUAGCCUAUCAGUUUCUGCAGCCACUUUAUGUAUUUAAAUGAUGAUGCCUUUUAAACAAGCAUAUAAAACCAUCAAUGCUUUUUGUUUUUUUGUUUUUGUACAUACACUAACGUUCAAAAGUUUGGGGUCACUUAGAAAUGUCCUUAGUUUUGAAAGAAAAGCAUUUUUUAAAAUGAAGAUAACAUUAAUCACAAAUCCAGUCUAGACAUUGUUAAUGUAGUAAAUGACUAUUCUAGCUGGAAACGGCUGAUUUUUAAUGGAAUAUCUCCAUAGGGGUACAGAGGAACAUUUCCAGCAACCAUCACUCCUGUGUUCUAAUGCUGCAUUGUGUUAGCUAAUGGUGCUGAAAGGCUAACUGAUGAUUAGAAAACCCUUGUGCAAUUAUGUUGGCACAUGAAUAAAAGUGUGAGUUUUCAUGGAAAACAUGAAAUUGUCUGGAUGACCUCAAACUUUUGAACGAUAGUGUACAGUAUAUGAUGCUACAGUUUUCCAAACAAGGAGCUACAGUUGGACUUCUUGUGAUUCCUGUACUGAACUAAAACGACGUGUUUUCUGACCACCUUCUGGAAGCUGCAAUAUCAGAUUAACGCCUCAUUUCCCCGUUGAUCUAUCCAGAUGCAAGUCAGCUGGAAGUCUAAUCAUUCUAAUGGCAAGCUCCAUGAUCUCUGAUGUAUUUAUUCAACUUGAUGGUCCAGAAUUUGUCUUGAGUAUGUUCAAAAGUUGUAAAAUAUCUGGAUUUUGGAGAUGAAGAAUUGUAGUUAAGCUAGUUUAACAUGUGCUAGCUGUGUGGCGUACAGAUUUUUCUAAGAAAAUAUUUAAUAAAACUGGUUUCACACCCACAGACCGACCAGCUGACUUGCCACAGAAAUGCUUCAUGUGCAUUUAUGGUAAAACAAGGUGGUAAAAACUGCUACAGUUAGCGUAGCUCCAUUCAUCUAUACUGAAAUGCAUUCCGUUAGGUUGAAUGCAAAGUUGACUUGUCUGUAUUUUUUCUAUUUCUGAAUAAUAUAUGAACACUAAACAAAACUGUGUGGAAACAAGGCAUUAGAUUAUUUAGUUCUAGUGGUACCACAGUCCAACCAUUUCUAUUUUAAAGCAUUUAGGACUGCUGCUACUAGAUUGGCAUUACUGAUUAGAUAUUUUAUGACUUUACAGAUAUUUUAAAAGUUUGUCUUCCAGAUACUGGUUUUGAACAACAAAACAUACAAAACCCAAAGAUGUUCAACUUUCAGUGAUGUAGUUAAAAACAUAAAACUUUGUUUAUUUGAGAAGUUGGAACAAUUGAAUGUUUGGCCUUUUUGCUUGAUGAAGUUGGCAAUAGUUUGAGCACUAAUACUCUGCUUAUUGUUUUAAUCUGAAAUGUGCACUCAGACAGGAUUCAUUCAUGUUGUGGAGGUGAUCAACCUCUGACAGUGGCAUGAAAUUAAGAUUUCUCAUCCUAUUUGAACAUUUAUGCAGGGCAUUUUUACCUCAAGUGUGAGAAAAAUCCACCAAAAGGCUUUCAUUACAUCACUAAUCUCCAUAUUAACUGUGCAUAAUAUAAUGGCCGCUGUGCAAAACUACAAAGUUGUGAAUGAGCUUUGAGAUGCAGCAGUAAAUAUGAUCAAACCUGCAGUGAGUUCUUGUACAGUGUUUUACUGAAGCGUGGUGCUGUUUACCGCCCAGCAAAAACCAGACGUGUUCUCCACAUUCUUCUUCUUUUAAAAAUAAAAAACUCAUAAUCAUGCGUGUCCUGUGGAAACUUUGAACCCAACAACCAUGUAAACAUAUUUCAUCUUUUUUUUUCUCAGAAAAAAACAAAACAAACCAAGCAGGUACCAGGUGUGUUUGCAGGAUAUUAACAUGUAAAUCUGUGUUUUUACCAUAUUGUAACCAAUGGCAGUACUUCUUUCUCCAUAUUGUUGUGCACAUCUUUUUACUUUGAAUGUUGUCCGACACUUUGUGAACAAAAUGCUUUUUUUUUCUUCUUUCAAAGUAUUGUUCUAAUAAAAUAAGCAGCAAUGAAAAAGUGAA